AUGGCGUCGUCAGAAUCCAGGCGCUCCAAUGUGCCUCCGUCGGAAACAGGUCCUGUUCUGGAGGUUGGUACGACUGUCGUUCGGGGCGAUACCACCCUCAAGAUCGGACAGAUCAACGUGAAAAACUCCAUGAGCCGAGUUGCUGCUCUCAAAUCGCCUCCGCCUCAGGGUCAGCUGGAUAUUAUCGCCCUCCAGGACAUCCCGAAAGGCUUCCCUUGGGCACCCAUUCCCGGUUACCAUCUCAACUUCUACUCCAGCCGUGCUCUGAUUGAAGACGACAAUCCUAACAAAGAAAACCCCGAAUCGGCAAGCGAGUGGCGGAUUGACCGCGUAGCGUUCUAUGUUCGCGAGUCAAUUCCGCUGGCUGACUGGGACGUCACCUAUCACACGGACGAGUUUGAUGGUCUCGCUGCGACGUUGUGCCUCAACACGGCAUCGGGGUCCAUCCGGAUACACAAUAAGUACUCCUCGAUGAUCGACUUGACCUUUACUGGUGUCAACAUUGCCACCCUGGUCAAAAGUUGUCGAGUCAUCAGUGACAUGGAUGAAUUUAAAAGUGACCAUCGUCUGGUUGUUACGGAGCUUGAGAUGGCUCCGUAUAGAGAAGUCAAGGCCCGAUAUGCCUGGAACUCGGUCAAGCGCAAGGAAUUUCUCACCGCUGUUGAUGAAGCACUGUCGGCCAUUGGACUCCCACCUUUGGAGUCCAUCUCUGAUAUUGAUGACUAUCUCGAGCGAUUCAUUGGCGCAAUGACGACUGCUUUGCAGAAAAUAGUCCCCAUUCGGCCCAUUCGGCGACAGGCAAUGCGGAGAUGGAAGCCGACCAGCGCAAAGCAUGGAAAGUUCACCUCCGUGCGGGCCAAAGCGAUCGACAAGAUGAGGGGAGCCCCCAACCCCAAGUUUACCAAGUACUGGCUUCGUCACAAAUGGAAAUCGGCGCUGGUGGACCGUCGAAAACAAAGAACCUCGUGGCGGCGGUUCAUCGCCACAGAAGCAGAGGGCAUCGUGAAGGGCAGACAAAAAAUCUUCCUCUGGUCCCGGCUCUCCAAGGGGUGGGCCCAGCCCAAGUCAUUGCCACAUAUGCCCUCCCUCCGUUCGGCAGAUGGGAAGCAGUAUACAACCCACGACGCAAAGGCGUAUCAAUGGAAACCAUGUGGUCCCGCAUCAGCAAAGGCGAACUACCCCCCCGCAGCUUGA